AUGACUCUCUACGAACAAGCUCCCCUGUGCAUUGCUGGCUUUGCGUUGGUCAUUGUCGUCGUCGCCUAUACGUGGCAGGUGUUGAACAGCCCCAUUUCUAAGGUUCCCGGCCCUUGGCACUCAAAAUGGACAAGUCUUGCGAGCAAAUAUCAAUUUCUCGUGGGCAAAGAGGCUUACUAUGUGCAUUCACUACAUCAAAAAUACGGCCCAAUAGUUCGCAUCGGACCUAAUGAGGUUGAUAUUAGCGAUGUCCAGGCUGUUCAGACGAUCUACGCCAUCAAGUCGGAAUAUACCAAGACAGAAUGGUACAAUCACCUAACCUCGUUGCCUGUUAGAAACUUAUUUGAUGCUACUGAUUUGGAGUAUCAUCGACGCCAUCGCCGACUAUUGGGUGCAAACAUGACAGAGUCAUCGCUAAAGACAUUUCUCCCUAUCAUCGUACCCAAGGUUGACCUAGCUAUUCUUCGCAUGCGUGAGGAGAUGAAAACUCGUGGGGUGGUCGAUGUCUGGAAAUGGUGGCUCUUCAUGGCCACAGACAUAAUUGGCGAGUUGACAUUUGGGGAGUCUUUCCAGACGCUUGAGCAGGGACGAAAAAGUGCGUAUACCGAGCAGCUCGAGUUGGUAGCGCCGUUGAGCGCCAUGCGGUCCAUGUUUCCAAACCUAGCAACUAUUGUCAAGGCGUUACCCAUCCCCAUUUUCAGGCAGGCAGUUGAAGGGACGAAGAAACUUCGCCAGUACUCGAUGGAUUCGCUCUCUCGCCAUCAACGCCUUGUCAACUCGGAUCCCACUCGGGCAAAGCAAUCUCUUUUCACCAAGCUCUACAAAGCCGUUGAUGAGAACGAACUGAGUUUUGAGGAGCUACUAGCUGAAGCUCAAGGCUACAUUGUUGCCGGAAGCGACACAACAGCCAACACCCUGACAUACCUUGUCUGGUCUGUCGCACGCCGACCGGAUAUCAAAGCAACCUUGUUGAGCGAGCUCAGACAGUUGCCUGCAGACUAUAGGGAAUCUGAUCUGCGCCAGCUUCCGUACCUCUCCGAGGUGAUUGAAGAGACUCUGAGGAUGUACUCUGCCGUCCCCGGGGGUUUGCCGCGCAGUGUUCCUGUUGGGGGGGCCGACCUUGCUGGGUACUGGUUACCGACCGGUACCACUGUAAGGGCCCAGUCCUACACCAUGCACCGCGACCCCUUUGUGUUCCCGAACCCGGACGACUUUCAUCCUUCGCGAUGGAGAAAGCCUACCAAGGCUAUGUUGGACGCUUCGAUGCCUUAUGGUAGGGGGUCACGAGUUUGUAUUGGAAAACAUCUUGCUUACAUGGAGCUUCGUCUUGCUACAGCACGCUUCUUCCUCGCGUUCCCAGAGGUUAGCGUUUCCGCAAAAGAGGGUAUGACUGACGAGGACAUGCUGGCCAAGGUCUUUUUUCUUCUAUUCCCACAGGGCAAACGAUGUCUGCUGGAGUUAUGA